AUGUUCUAUGUAUUAGAUGUUAUCUAUGCAAGAUACAAAGAAACCCUGAUGACGCUGGUCAAACGUGCCGCAGACUCUGAUGAUGCUGCUAUCAUCGCUGGAGGGUUAUACCAUAAGCUAGCCAGUGGACACAUGAUCCUCACCUGUGUUGUUUUGAAGAAAGCUCUAGCUAUAACCACAAACCUAAGUGAUCUCCUACAAAGCUCACAGUUAGAAUGGACAACAGGCCUCAUAAUAUAGCGGACCACAGGACCAUUGGUCCCAGAAAAUUUUUGAGGUUGGCAGAAAAAAAUGGAGGGUAAAACUUAAAACUCUCCAAAGAAAAAAAGUAAAGAGAAAGAAAUGGAAAACAGAAAGGAAGAAAAUGAGAAAAAAUGACAUAAUUGAAUAAUAAGCUGUAGGUAGUGAACUAGUGAUGUUUGCAACAUGCAAGUAAUACAAGUUUCCAAUAUACCAUUACAGGCGGCACUCCAGAAGCCUGAUAUUAUGGUCAAAGACAGGCAGUCUAGCAGAUAUUAAGACGAAGUCCUCAAUGCAGUUGUUAUAAUUUAUUUCAUCUAGUGUAUAAGCUACUUCUGAAAAUACCACUCCAGUUAUAUAUGAAUACAACUCAUUUAACAACUACAGUAUGUGGAUUAAAAAGUCUACAAGUGCAGUGAUUUCUUACAAUGUAGCAAAAAUCUAAGCAAUAUGUUCCAAUACACAACAGCCUUCUGCCCUUCUCAUGAACUUUCAUCCAUUAAGAUGAUAUUCAUAACAAAUACAUUAAAAUUAUAAGAAUCUAGAAUCUUAAACUGCAGACAAGUUCCAGCAGUCACUUUCAUCAUCCAUUAAAAUGUAAAUGUUUGUUGUUAAAUAAAAAUAUAAAGAAUAUUUAUUUGAAAUACGUCAACCCUGCUGGCAGUGGUUUCGGAGCUGAGGAGAGACCACUGCGAGCAAACAAACGACUUUCUAUCGAGCAUGCACGAAGAUCACGUUGUACGUCACUAAUUUGACUUCAUUUCCUGUAGUUUGACAGUUUGUUAUCUGUACAUAAACAAGCGUGGCAUAGUACUGUUUUACUUGUUGUCUGUCAGUUUUAAUCGAAUGACUUUUUAUUCUACAUGCGAUUCACAAUUUAUGUAUCAGUUUUAAUAUUAUUAUUGUCAGUAGUAAAAUCUUUUGAAAUCGGUGCCUCACCCUACAGCUACAAAUUGUGCAUUUGAAUUCCUGUUAUAUCAUUUAAAAUUCUUGUAUUUAUCCAAUCAAUAUCAAUUUUUAAAAUUCGAUCUGCAAACUUUAUUUGUGUUACUUAAACGUUGGAGAUUGUGUUAACACUUUCAAUAAAUUCCAAUUUCCAAAGUUUCCAAAUAAUAUAAUAUAAUAAUGUUUUCAAUUACUGUUUGACAAUUAUUGCAAUUUUUGAUGUACAAAUUUCAACUGAUCAAAGAUUGUUGUGACGGCACUACUGUUUCUGUAAAAGGUUGAUUUUUGUUGCACUGUGUGAAUUUAUAGUUACUCUGUUGAACUGUAGGCGGUUUUCAAGUCAUCUUAAUGUAUAAUUUCAAACAUUUUAUUCAAUAUUUUGUAAAGUUAUGAUAUUUUGUAAAAGGUAGUUUAUUAAUAGCAUGUUACUAUAUUUAGAGCGUGAUUGUGUUGUUUUUGUACAACUGGCUUGCAUUUUACCAGCAAUACACAACAACAACAAAAACUUGUUUUACCGGUUUCUCAUUUCAUGUAUUAACGUCCAUGAAUAUGAACGGCAGCUACAUGAAAUGAUUGUUCUUUUGUUCACAGUGGUUUCUCCUCAGCUCAGCUAGAAACCACUGCUCGCAGGGUAAAAUAUGUCUAUUUUGGUUUCAAAUCUAAUGAAAUGGUGCAUAGAAUACACUGAAUUUUGUUUAGUGAUCAAAUUUAAACAUAAGAUGAUUCCCAGUGUUUGCGUGCAGAAAAUAUUUUUGUUGGCUUUGUGGUCCCAGAAAAUAAAAUAUUUUAUGCAGCCCUGAUUAUUUUAUUGGACAAGUGCAGCUCAAGAGAUUGAGAUGUGUAAAACACUUCUCACUGUUCUGAAAAUAUGAGUCAAUCCCUUCCAUCAUAGAUGAAGCUAAAGCUAUUGGUGGGGAAUGUGCAAUACCCCUGAGCCUAACUUCUCCUGUUUAUAGGAUAAGAUCCCACUUCAGUGAUACAGAAGUUGAUGUCUCUAAAUUCACCAAGGAUUUUGUUGUGAAAGUGUGUGACAAGAUUUCAGCGGAGAUGAUUUUGAGAUUCCCUCCCGAGAACAUGGUUAUUUUGAAAGGCAUGAAUUCCUUGAAUGCAACCAGUGCAAGGUACCUUGAUGAACAACUGCUAUCACAGUUGGUAGAUCACUACGGCACUGAUAUUUUGGAUUUAAAUAAAACACUGCUUCAGCUUGAGGUACAGAAAUUCAAACUGCAGUGUGACCCCAACAUUCAGCUCAAUGCAACCAACGUGGAUCCAAAGUUCUACCCGAACUUGAUGAAACUUUUCCACUUAAAGUGA